UGUUGUAAGCUAGCCAUCGAAGUAAUAUAUUUAAGAUGUAUUCAUGCAACCUGUGUGCAGAAACAGUUAAAUCUGUUAAAGCCUUUGUUCUCCAUUGCAAACUGCAUCGCAACGAACCCAGGCGUAUGUUCAAGUGUGUUGCAGCCGGUUGCAAGCAGGUGUGUACUGGUUAUGCAGCAUUAAAAGCACACUUCUAUCGUCAUCAUAAUAGCAUGCCAACAGUUGCUCUGGACACAAGUUUAACAAAAUUAAAAUGCACAGUUCCACUUUGUAACUGGCAGUGUGAAGGGAUAAAAGCUUUGGUUGUUCACUUGAAGGAGCAUAUAGUAGAGGGGCGCCAAGUAACUUGCCCUGUGAAAGGGUGCACCUCUGUGUUUCGUGUAAAAUCUUCCUUUACCUCUCACAUCUCCAGGAAACAUAAAAAUUAUUUGGAAAAUGUGAUUUGUGAAACAAGUAAUGAAGAUACUCAGAGUGCUGCAAGUGCUACCACAAAAGAUUCCAGUGUGCCAGAUGCAGAAGACACAGUCAUGGAUGGACCAAAUUUCAGUGACUUGUAUCUUAGGAAUGUAUGUAUGUUUUACAUAAAACUACAGGGACAGCAUCUUCUUCCAUCAUCUACCAUUCAAAACAUUGUAGAAGAGAUGCAGAAUAUACAUGAAUUGGGACAGACAUACUCUUUAAAUAGAUUGAACUUGCUUCUUAAAGAAAUGUCAUUUGCAGAUGAAGACAUUGCAAAAAUCUGUGACACAGUAAAACAGUCGGACUUGUUCUCAGCUUGCCACACAGGGCCGAUGAGAACUGCUUAUUCUAGAGCCCAGUGUUUUAAAGACAUGUUCAAAUAUGGGGAACCCAAAAAAGUGUUGUUGGGCAAAGAUGAGGACAGAAAAGAUAGAUUUGCAUACUAUGUUCCUGUGCUAAAUACGUUAAAAGGUAUGUUAGAUUCCAAAUAUUGGCAGGGCCUAAUGAUGGCUCAUGGCGUUUCAAAAGCUGAUGUUCUCUCUGACUGUGACGAUGGUAAGGUGUUUAUGUCCAACGUAUUUUUUCAAGAAAACCAAAAUUGUCUCAAGCUGGUUCUCUAUCAAGAUGCAUUUGAAGUUGUGAACCCAUUGGGAUCUGCAAAAAAAAAGCACAAGAUCUUGGCUGUUUACUUUUCUCUACUCAAUAUGCCACCCCAUGUCCGAUCAAAUACUGAUCAUAUGCAGUUGGUCUUGUUGUGUAGAGAGAAGGAUUUCAAGGAAUUUGGCCAUUCCAGAGUUUUUUCAGAACUGUUGACUGACUUGAAAAUACUAGAGGAGAAUGGGAUAACUAUGGCAGAUGAAUCAGUUGUGAAAGGAGCACUGUAUUGCAUUGCUGGAGACAACUUGGGCUCUCACUGCAUCGGGGGUUUUACGGAAAAUUUCAGUACAUCUCAGUACUUCUGCAGAUAUUGUCUGAUUACUCGGUCUGAAUUUCAGAGUGAAAAUCCAGCUAUCAUUGGACCAGAGCGGACUCCAGAAACGUAUCAAUCUGCCACUGAACAGCUGGAAAGAGAGGAUGUGACAGAAGUACAGGGGAUUAAGUUCAGAUAUGAUGGAUACACAAAAGGACAUCCGUGA